CUCACUGGCCUGGUGCAGGGGCUGCUGCUGUGGCUGCUGCUGUGUGCGGGGGGCACGUGGGCAUCCGGGGGGCCCCUGAGGCCGCUGUGCCGGCCAGUCAACGCCACGCUGGCCGCCGAGAGCGAGGCCUGCCCCUUCUGCAUCACCUUCACCACCAGCAUCUGCGCCGGCUACUGCCCCAGCAUGGUGCGGGUGCUGCCCGCCGCCCUGCCGCCGGUGCCCCAGCCCGUGUGCACCUACCGGGAGCUGCGCUUUGCCUCCGUCCAGCUGCCCGGCUGCCCGCCCGGUGUGGACCCUGUGGUCUCCUUCCCCGUGGCCCUCAGCUGUCACUGUGGACCCUGCCGCCUCAGCAGCUCUGACUGCGGGGGCCCCAGGGCCCUGCCUGGCGCCUGUGAACACCCACCCCUCCCAGGCCUGCUCCUCCUCUGA